AAACAAAUAAUGUAAUGAAUUAUUUUAUAGAUUUUAUGUAUGAAAAAUUAAGAUUAAUAUUAUAUUGAAUAAAAGGGGGCAAAAAUAUCUGAACCAGAGAAAGGCCACGUAAAUCCAUGCAUAUCACGGAUGGAAGAUCCAACUUCAAAACGGCGUCGCAUCUGUUUCCCUGCCCAGUCUUUUGUUCUCAAUCUUCUACAGUGACGUCUUAGCUUAAAUUGGGAGGAAGAAAUGGCCAGUCGGAUUGGCCUCAAUCUCCACCGUGGAAUUCCCAUUUCUUUAGUUGCUCCUUCCGCCGUGUGGUCCGCGAACAGUGCCGCGACUAGCCUUAAACGGUGGAGCGCCGGAGGUAAACACCGGCGGCGUUUGGUUUUAGGCCUCGGAAUUUCCUUCUGGGCUCCGUUCAUGAAUAUGUCCGGUUCACUGGUCGGCGCCAAAUCCUUCGUUGCAUCUGCCAGGCCGAAGAAUUCUGUGGAAGAGAUUUUGAAGAACGUGGAGUGGCCAGAGAAAUUUCCAUUCAGGGAGGAGGACUUUCAGCGAUUUGACGAGACACCAGAUUCGUAUUUCUAUGAAUCCCCACGCUUUGUCACCCACAUUGAUGAUCCAGCCAUUGCUGCACUCACUAAAUUCUACUCGGAGGUUUUUCCUCCAAGUAAUACACCUGGAAUUAGCAUGUUGGAUAUGUGCAGCAGUUGGGUCAGUCAUUUUCCAGCCGGAUACAAGCAAGAAAGAGUUGUAGGGAUGGGAAUGAAUGAAGAAGAGCUCAAACGCAAUACGGUUUUGACAGAGUACAUUGUGCAAGACUUGAAUGUGAAUCCUAAACUCCCAUUUGAAGAUAAUUCAUUUGACGUUAUCACCAACGUGGUCAGUGUUGAUUACUUAACAAAGCCUCUAACCGUUUUCAAGGAAAUGAGUCGAGUUCUUAAACCCGGGGGCCUUGCCAUUAUGAGCUUUUCAAACCGCUGUUUUUUCACAAAAGCAAUCUCUAUAUGGACAUCAACUGGAGAUGCUGAUCAUAUUAUGAUCGUUGGGUCAUAUUUUCACUAUGCCGGUGGAUUUGAACCUCCUCAGGCUGUGGAUAUUUCUCCUAACCCUGGACGGUCGGAUCCCAUGUACAUCGUGUACUCAAGAAAGUUAUCAACAGCUUGAAAGUACACCAAGAAGUGAGCCUGUUGAACUUAAUCUGAUUUUUGCUGCAGUUUAAACUAAACUGGCCAACUUGGGACAAGAAGCCUGCCACGGUUGAAGUGACCAACAAAGGAUCUGUUGUAUGAACUUCAUAAACAUGUCAUUACAUGUAAACUAAGCUUCAAACAAAAAUCUUAGAAAUGUGAGAUGUCAAAAUCACUAAAAAAAUGUAUUCUUAUCUGAGGCAAAGUCAAUUAAUAAACAUAUAGAGAAAUGAUUCCAGAACUUGGUUCUUCUAUCUGCAAACUCUACAAUUAUGGGGAUUUCUAGAUAUGAAAAGAACAAAAUGAAUAUACACAGGUGAAGUAAAGACAUCCUACACAGAGAUGAAAAGCCAAUGAAAGAGUGGCCGUGUUUUGGGAUACAAACAGAAACAAGAUCAGAUCCAUCCCUGUUUGUAACGACGAAAGAGGUCCUCAGUUUGUGCAUUCUUGAAGGCGCUGCAGCCGAUUACAUAAACCCAAAUCAAGACCACCACAGUGACAAUGAGAACCACGUUGGCUUUUCUCCAUUCUCUUCUGAGAUUUCCCAAGAGGCCAGCCUUGCAAGAGUUGCAAUUGUAGCACAACUGGGUUUGGUCAUUACUCCAAAUAUAGCAGUCUGGGUCAGCCAUUGGAUCCACAGGGUUCAGCCACAGUGUUGGGUUCACAAAGUUAAACCCACAAGCUGUUGGAGGUUUACAGCACCCCGACUGCCCACACAAACAUGCACAGUAAAAACCAAGAGGUGAGGCAGUUCAGUGAAUAACCAUUUUGUUUCUUUUGUUCUACUUAUUGACAAUUGUGGUUGUUUUCAUACCCUUUCUUUAUCCAUAUCCAUAGUUUUUA